UCGGUUCAUGCGACCAGAGUAACUAAAUAUAGACAAGCCAUCCGCAAACACUGCAGCUGUGCAUGUGCCAGCCCAGAUCCGGCCACCCCGAGAAUGCCCACAAAUCACGCAGAGCAGUAUGAGCUGCCAGCAUUCCCGUCGUCUCCAGAGGCAGGGCCCUCCAGACUGCCACGGCCACAGCGGAGAAGAGCCUCUACCUGGACAAAGUCACGCACCCUCACUCUACACCCGACAACCUCCGCCGCAAAUCUUCUCUUCUCAGCGCCCUCCGGCGCUUUUCCCGCUACACGCCAAAGACAUGGCCGCACUCGCCCACAAUCAAAUACUGAUCAGUCUGAGGAGCCAAGACUUCACCGAGCUACUUUCCUCAGUGAGGAUCCGUACGAUGAUUCAGAAGAGGUUGACUUGCCUGACUUCGGUCACAUACUGGGUUUCAACGAUGAGGGCGAGGACCAUUUUGCGGUGGCCUCUGGUAUGCGGACUAGGUGGAAGCGAAAACUAUAUCUUUUGAUGGAAGAACCAGCAAGUGGUCGAGAGGCAUUUUUCGUUCAUAUUAUCGUCACCGGGGCUAUUAUAUUCAGCGCGAUACUUACAACUCUAUCCACCAUGCCUGCGUUCCAUAUGGAACCCAUUAUCAUCAAGGCCCUUUUCGGUCUUGACACCACUAUUGUCGUUCUUUUCACCAUUGAAUACCUUGCUCGAUCAUUAGCACAUUCAGGUUCCUGGGCGCAGUAUUACUCAUGGGCAACAUCUUUCUUUGGCCUUCUUGACCUCGUCGCUAUAUUGCCUUACUAUAUCGAGGUCGCGCAAAACGAGGACACCACCAUCCUUUUCCGGUUUUCAAUCCUAAGGACGUUUAGGCUUUUACGAGUCUUUCGGGCGUUCAAGUAUCAAAAUCAGAUGCUUCUGACUAUUGAGGUCAUGUAUGUUGCUGUGAGGCGCUCGAGAGAUGCGCUUUGGGCCUUGACAUUUUUCAUCAUCCUCGUGCUUGUGCUCUUUUCAACCCUCAUAUACUUUGCCGAGCGCGGUACAUGGGAUCCCUCACUAUCCGCAUUCAUUGAUUCCGACGGCGACCCCUCUGCUUUCGAUUCCAUUCCCAGAACGGCAUGGUUUUCCCUCGUCACCAUGAGCACGGUGGGAUAUGGUGAAGUCGUGCCAAAAAGCUUUUUGGGGAAGCUUUUGACAAUACCUUUACUCAUGUUUGGGUUACUUCUCAUCGCCUUGCCAAGUUUCGUCCUGGGCCGAAAUUUUGCCAUAGUGUUUGACGCCAUGACCAGGCAGUUGCCGAAAAAUGUCUCUUCCCGUAUGCCCACUCCACGCGAAUCCAUUGAACAAACCAGAACCGCUCAGGCAUCAACAGACAACAUCCCACUCCUCCCUGUAUCAUCGCAAAAUACCCAGACUGCCACUCCCAACGGCCCUUCCUUGUCCAGACCUCGGUCAGCCUCCCCAUUUCCUGCUUCAGGGACAGUGGAUCAGAGAGCGGCAUUUGGCAAUGCUCCGCGGAUGUGGCAAGGUGGAAUAGAUGGGACGGGAGAGACGAAGAGGGAGAGAGAUCUCACCAACACUAAACUGGCCAAGAACCAAUUAGUUCUCUUUGAACAAAUAGACGCACUUAGACAAACGAUAGAUAAGCAAGGGGAAAUGCUUGCGCGAUUAACAGAGAUGCUGAAUGUCAAAGACAAGGGAAAGGGCCCCGAAAAAUCCAAGGGGCUGCAAGAAGACCACUUCGCAUUGGGAGAUAGUGGAGAGGAAUAAUGGCUAUGCUUGAGGACGUAUGACUGUUGUGAUAUGCAUUUUCCUCGCU